CAUCUGCUCAACAUCUCCCUCUCUCUUCGCCACUCUCAUCCCAACAAAGCACUGCUCCGUCGCCAUCAUGUCGGGCAUGAAGGCCUACCUAGACCGCUCUCUCGAUGUUAUCAAGCGUAACACGGUCAACACCUUGCGGAUGAAUCCCACACCCAGGCCUGGUCCACUGGCAAUCUUCUCCUUCCACAACCCUCCCGUGACCCCUCUAACUAGCAUCGCAACGGGGUGCGACGCGGACAUCGGAGGCGUAUCAACUGCCGAGGUGACGAUGGUGGAGGAGUCCGGGGUCGACGGAUCUGCCGCUCCGUCCCACAUGUCGUUCCAUGGUAACCUCUCCCUCCACGUCCCACCUGAGUUUGCGGGGCGCAUUCGCACAGGCUACGCUGCUUUCCGGAGCAAGACGCGGCCGACGCUGUUUGGAGACGACACUUGGAAUCUGGAGUUGUACUCGCACCUGCGUGUACGUGUCGCGUACCGUGGAUGGGAUGGGUGGCGCAGCAAGUUUGUGUGCAACUUGCAGACGGAUGGUCCUGUGCGAUCCGACCUGUUCCAGCAUCGCCUGGACUUGCCGUCAACAUAUGCCACGAGCGAUCCGCGGCCUCUACCACUGGCAACGGGUCUCCAGUUCACGACACUUCAUCUUCCGCUGUCGAACUUUGUGCUCACCAAUUCGGGCCUCGCAAGUGAAACGCAGGUCGAGAUGAUGCGGCAGAAAGUGCGGACCGUGGGCUUCGCGCUGUUGGGUGGCGGGCGACAGACGGCACCGAGCGAUGCCAAGAUUCGCGAGGCGCAACAUGGGCACCGUGUGGCUGCGGGCGGCUGGGGCGCGCCAAGCCCCAACGAAGAGCCCGAUGCCGAGAUGGCCGAGUUGCUCGCGAGUGACCUUGGCGACGCUAGCUACGUCCGCAAGCCGGUUCGCGCGGCCAACAGCGCCUCUGCGGGCGGUUACCACCGCGUUGGCGAGUCGGCGGAGGCGUUCCUUGACGAAGCGGAGCGUGCUGAGGCCGGGCUUGAGGAUGUCGGCGAGGCUGGGUACUAUGAGCUCUGUAUCCAGAGCGUUGAGGCGGUGCGACUUGACCCCGAGAGCGAGGUCGAGGACGCGGAUGAGUAG